CAGAUUGCAGAUGAUAAUGCUGGUUUCAUUCCCUCGACUUAUUUUAUCCUCGUAGAAUAAACAAAGGCAAAAGAAAAUCUUAUUAUCUAUCUGAAUAUCAGGAUGAAUUUAGUAGAGGAUUUAGUCACACUCAAUGGUACUCUACACAGCCACGUUAGCACAGAUUCUAGUUUUAAACUGCAUGAGUGGGAUGCUUAUGCUAGAGAAUUAAUUCAUGGUAGUGACUUAACAAGACACUCUAUAACACAUACUCAUGAUACUGAUGAAAGUUAUGGUAGUGACUUAACGAAACACUCGAUAACACAUACUCAUGAUACUGGUGAAAGUUACGGUGGUGACUUUACGAGACACUCGAUAACACAUACUCAUGAAACUGAUGAAAGUCAUGGUAGUGACUUAACGAAACACUCGAUAACACAUACUCAUUAUACUGGUGAAAGUUAUGGUAGUGACUUAACGAAACACUCGAUAACACAUACUCAUGAUACUGGUGAAAGUUACGGUGGUGACUUUACGAGACACUCGAUAACACAUACUCAUGAAACUGAUGAAAGUCAUGGUAGUGACUUAACGAAACACUCGAUAACACAUACUCAUUAUACUGGUGAAAGUUAUGGUAGUGACUUAACGAGACACUCGAUAACACAUACUCAUGAAACUGAUGAAAGUCAUGGUAGUGACUUAACGAGACAGUUGAUACCACAUACUGAUGAAAAACCACACAAAUGUGAUGUGUGUGGAAAAGGAUUUUCUAAAAGGUGCAACCUAAGGACGCACAUGAGUGUACAUACCGGAGAAAAACCUCACACGUGUGAAUUGUGUGGUAAACAGUUUAGUCAUUCUAGUAAUUUUCUGAAGCACAGGAGAACACAUAUAGCCGAUAAACCUCAUUACUGUGAUGUAUGUGGUAAAGGGUUUAGUAGGCCUAUUAAUUUACAGUUCCACAUUAGAACACAUACAGCUAAAUCUCUAGACUGUGAUGUAUGUGGUAAAGAGUUCAACCAUUUAAGUAAUUUACAGAGGCACAUGAGAACACAUACGGGCGAAAAACCUCAUGUCUGUAAUGAAUGUGGUAAAAGGUUUAGUAGGUUGCAUCUUUUAAAGAUACAUAUAAGAACACAUACAGGUGAAAAACCUUACGACUGUGGUGAAUGUGGUAAGGGGUUUACCCAGAUUGCUAGUUUAAAGAGACACAUGAUAAUACAUUCAGGUGAUAAACCACAUGACUGUGAUGUAUGUGGUAGAAAGUUUGUUCAUCUCCGUAAUUUACAGGUACACACUAGAAUACAUACAGGUGAUCAAUCUUUUAAUUGUGAAAUAUGUGGUAAAAUUGUAAGGCAAGGUAGUGAAUUAAAAAAACACAUGAGAUCACACACAGGUUAUAAAACUUAUGACUGUGAUGUAUGUGGUAAAGUGUAUAGCCAUCCUGGUAGUUUACAAAGACAUAUGAGAAUACACAGAGAUGAUAAACCACAUAUUUGUGAUGUAUGUGGUAAAGAAUUUAUUUAUCCUGGUAGUUUACAAAGACACAUGAGAGUUCAUGCAGAUGAUAAACCAUUUGACUGUGAUGUAUGUGGUAAUGAGUUUAGUCAGCAUUGUGACAGUAAGGGACACAAUAGAAUACAUACUGAAGGUAAAGAUCAAAAUGAUAUGUUUGUGGUUGAGAUUCAGAGUCACAGUCAUGACAGUGAGUGAUAAAUGUACAUAGACACAGGAGAACACAUACUGGUCAAAUCUA